GGCCGCAGAGCAAGCCCCGCCCCUCACGUGACUUCCGGCGCAGGUCCGCCACCGUCGGCGCAUGCGCACGGCCCGGCGCCGGCCAGCUCCACGCCCGCCUGCGCGAUCGCGGGGCCGCGGACGCAUGCGCACUGGCGUCGAGCGAGGCGGGGGCCCCGCGUUGACUCUCGGGUCUCAUCUCCGGGCUCCGGGCACCGACCCGGCGCGCGAGGCUUGUUCUGCGAGAGCGCCCUGGAGGGGGCUCCCGGAGGAGAGGGGGCUCCCGGAGAAGGGCCCUGGACACGUCCACAGACUGCCUUCGUGUGCAGCUCCAGCUCGUGCACCAAUUAGAGCGCGUUCUCUAAAGGAGGAAGCUGGUGUGAACGGGCUGCGGGACGUGCGCGUCCAGGUCGUCCUGCCCAGGAAGCGUCGGACGGGGCGGGGGCCGGACGUUCAGGAGAGUCCGAGAGGGUCCCCCCAGCAGCGGCUGAACAGGAGCAUCGGGUCCAUGCUGCUGCUGGCUCGGGCACCCAAGGCUUGGCACAGGCUCUCUCAGCUCAAGCCUCCAGCCCUCCCUCGAACCCCAGGAAGUGAGGGCCAGCAUGUGAGGUACCGGCUCUUACCAAGGCAGGGCCCUGCAGAGACGGGCAGGCAGGGCCAGCCCCAGGGCCCUGGGCUGCGAACUAGGUUGCUUAUCACAGCCUUGAUUGGGGCUGGGCUGGGUGGGGCCUGGCUGGCCGUGAGGGCCGAGAAGGAGCAGUGGCGGCAGCAACAGCGGGCAGAGGCCCUGCGCCAGGCUGCUGUGGGCCAGGGCGACUUCAGCCUGCUGGAUCACCAGGGCCAGGCCCGCUGCAAAGCUGACUUCCGGGGCCAGUGGGUCCUGAUGUACUUCGGUUUCACUCACUGCCCCGACAUCUGCCCUGAUGAGCUGGAGAAGCUGGUGCAGGUGGUGCGGCAGCUGGAGGCAGAGCCUGGCCUGCCCCCAGUGCAGCCCAUCUUCAUUACUGUGGACCCCGAACGGGACGACGUCGCAGCCAUGGCCCGCUACGUGCAGGACUUCCACCCGAGGCUGCUGGGCCUGACCGGCUCUGCCGAGCAGGUUGCCCACGUGAGCCGCAGCUACCGUGUAUACUACAGCGCCGGCCCCAAGGACGAGGACCAGGAUUACAUCGUGGACCAUUCCAUCGCCAUCUACCUGCUCAGCCCUGACGGCCUCUUCACAGACUACUACAGCAGAGCCAAGUCGGCCGAGCAGAUCGCCGCGAGCGUGCGGCGCCAUAUGGCCGCCUUCCGCAGCGUGCUGCGCUGAGCCGAGCCGGCACAUUAAAAGGGUGCAAUGAAGCUGU